AUUAUUAGUAUUAUUAUCAAAUUUUUUUUUUUUUUCCCGGAGCUUUUAAGGUGCUGAUUUUGCUUGUUUAUGGAACUUUAGCUACUUCUUACUAGUAAAGUUAUAUACAUUCUGUUGCGUUGUGGGUUUUGGGGUUGUGAAAAGUUUAUAAUUCUACUUGAGGAGGGGCCAAUUUAUCGCAGAAAUAUUGUUUUGUUCUUAUAAGAUGACAUUGAGAUUAGGCCAUGACCCAUGAAAGUAUCACUGUAGCAGUUUUACUUCUGAUGAUUUUGUAGUCUAUGGUCUGAAAAAUGAUUAAGCUAUUCAAAGUGAAGGAAAAGCAAAAGGAACUUGCAGAAAAUGCCAAUGGAAAGACACCUGCCAAGAAGCAAAGUGCUGGAGAAUUACGCCUUCACAAAGAUAUCAGUGAGCUGAACCUACCAAAAACUUGUAUUAUAUCAUUUCCUAAUGGCAAGGAUGACUUGAUGAACUUUGAGGUUACUAUUCGACCUGAUGAAGGCUACUAUUUAGGUGGUACAUUUUUAUUCUCAUUCCAAGUUCCUUCCAUCUACCCUCAUGAGGCACCAAAGGUUAAGUGCAAGACGAAGGUUUACCAUCCAAAUAUAGAUUUGGAAGGAAAUGUCUGUCUCAACAUUCUAAGAGAAGAUUGGAAGCCUGUUUUGAACAUAAACACUGUAAUAUAUGGAUUGUUUCACCUCUUCACGCAACCCAAUUAUGAAGACCCCCUCAAUCAUGAUGCAGCCGCCAUCUUAAGGGAUAACCCAAAGCUUUUCGAAUCCAAUGUCAGGAGGGCAAUGGCUGGUGGGUAUGUUGGGCAGACUUUCUUUCCGAGAUGCAUGUAACAGCUGUUUGUGUGUUGUUUUAGCGCCAAAUUCAUCUGAGGGGUUCAAGGCCUGUACCUUUUGUGCACAAGGUUGCUUUCCAGUGUGCUAUCCGUGAAUUCUUCGGAAUCAAGCAAGGCCCUACCGUCUGGAUGGCAUCUGUAUGCUGGUAUACCUUAGGCCAUGUUUGUGAUAAUUACUGGAGACAUAUUUUUAUCUGAUGUGGGAUCGUUGGGGGAUUGCUGAACUUCAAACUUUAGUUUAUGUACUUAUCUCUUUCAUCAUUUCAGGGGAGAACAUGUUUAUUACUACUUUGUCAGGGUGACUUGUGCUUGUAAAGUUGUUCUACAGCUUGUAUUUACUUCAUUCACUUUUCCA